AUGUUUACAAAUUCUCUGCGGGACAAACUCCUGCAGCUCAUUCAAUCCUGUGAUGCAAACACGACAUCAGACUUUCCCGCUUUACUGGAACUGCGAGAACUUCUGAAAAACGGCAUCAAACUCGAGUGUGAAGACGCAGGAAGCGAGAACGAUCAAGAAAAUGAUUAUCUGCCAACUCUAAUACACCACGCUGCCAAGACAGGAAGCACCGAGCUGAUGAAAGAGCUUGCUCAGACCCAGCCCCUAAACUUCAAAACAAGGUCGGGUUUGACAGCUCUUCACGUUGCUGCCGCGGGUCUUCACCUUGACCUCGUCCAGUUCCUCGUCGACCAUAUAGAUUGUCGCUCAGCCACCACAAACCUUCACCCGAGGCAGGCCGAACGUGGAUGGACGGCUUUGCAUUAUGCCGCAGCGGCGACAGAGUCUGUUGGCUCUUUGGUUCGCCAGAAAGCCGUCAUCCUGCUACUGCUACACACUGCUGAGCACACAGGUAGCCAAGGCGGUGCGCAAGACAUUCGUCAUGUUAGGGACUCGAAUGGAAAACUAGCACUGCACAUCUUCCGGCUGCAUCACUUGACCCACGCGCAAGACGCUGUUGGUGGAGGAGAGGAUGCUGCUCGGGCCUAUGUAGAGAUGCAGCGCCUAUUGUCGUCCCCGAUGCAAGGCGUCGUGAGCACGCCGGUGAAACCGGAAGAGCUGAUGACGCUAACGACUCCGACGGAUGACGAGUUCGCUGUAUGCAUAGAAACACCGAUUUACGUUCGCGAAUGUUUGGUGGAUCGCAGCAAGAAGGGCCUUCAAAAUCAAUGGCCGAUAUCCGAGAAAAGCAAUGUGAAGAAGAGAGAGUACUUGCCAAAGUGCCACAGCUUUCAUGAGAAUGGACUCUGUGUCGCCGAUGUCAUGUACGGCAAGGGUAUGGACUACAUGAAAAGCUCUUGGUGGCGUGAAGACCGGGGCUUGCCAUCAAGCAUUGAUAGUUGGCGUGGAUUCAGGUGGUUGCACCUGCCAGUAUGCAACAAAGUCUGGUUACAAAACGUAAUCCGCGCCUAUUUCGUCCAGCGGUGGACAGAGCUUACAAGAGAGUCGCGAAACAUCCCCCGCUUGAGGGAGGAACAUUCACAGAUUCAAGAUGAGCUAGAGCGAUCGCUAUCUGGAAGCAUGAGACCGAAGCUCGUCCUUCCCUUCACUACCAUGUCGGAUCCGCCGAAAAAAUGGAACGGGAUGACUAUCGCGGUGCCGUACCUGACGACGUGCCCUUCUCUAUAUUAUAAGAAUACGUGGGAACCGCUUGAGGAGAGCGCCAAGUCCAAGGUCAAUAAUCCCUCAAUACCAGAGCAGAUGAAUAACGAAGUUGCCAUGCGCCUGAUCCACACCUACAGUAGUCGCCAGGACGUAUUAUACAUGCCGACACUAUUGGAAAGGUACGGGCGCGAUGUAAGUCUGUCGCAGGAAAUCAAGUCACGCUCCAGCGACCAAGUCUUCUAUCAGUGGCAAGGAGGUGAAAAGGGCGCGAUCUUGGAUGGGGAUAAACUUGUCUGCGUUGUGAGCCAACUCUGGCUAUGCUUGAUCGAUGAUGAACUGGAUGGCACUGGCACUCUGGUUAGCCUUUCACCCGAUACGGGACCGCUAUCCACAACCUUUAACCUGGGCCGGGAACUUCAUCAUUAUAGUGGCGUGGACAGCGACCUGGACCCAUGGAUAUCCGAAUUGGAUGAGACUGCCAAGAUCAUCCCUUUCAUCAUCGCUUUGACGGCAAGGAAAAGUCUUGGGCAAACGCUGCAAGUCCAACAAGGCGCAGCAAAAUAUGGCCUGCUCGAAAUAUACGCCAUGGCGGUGAGCAAUGCUGUCAGUUUGUUCUCUCCCCCCACACAAGCCGCUCUAGCAAUGGAAAACCGCUGUAGAAAGCUGCUUACAUUUUCGAGAUGCUUUGAGCAGGCAUCACGCGAGCGGAUGCUUGUCGACAACUUCAGGAAGCGUGUCGAAGAGGCCAAAGGGAAAGGCGAUUCGCUCAAGAUCAUCAUCAAGGAGGAGAUGAGCCUCAUACUUGACACCAAGAAAAUCAUCAGCGAGCUUGAAAUCGUCAAAAGGUUACUGGCCGAUCAGCUCAGCCUCAUUAUAGAAACAUCCCAUACAGUUAAGCUAGACCACGAGGAACAGGGGCAUGCAAUCAAGAUGAGUAUGGUUGGCGUCAAUUCACGCCGUGUUGAGGAUCUCCUCAAAAAUGCCGAGGAGAUCACCAGGAAUGUGUAUAAUCUACUCGAUCUCAAACAAAGAGGGGCAAACCUGGCCGAGGCACAAUGGACGCGCAAACAAGCAGAGGAAACUGCGAGACAGGGGAACAUCAUUAUGGUUUUCACCAUAGUUACUAUAAUCUUCCUUCCCAUGUCUUUUCUUUCGUCGUUUUUCGCACUGGAAAUCAUCGAGUUUCCAAGAGACGAUGAGAACGAGCUCAGGCUUGGUCUCAGUUGGACGCUGAUGUACAUAAUCGCCGUAACAGCUGCCAUCGCAGUGCCGCUGGUCCUCAUCGCGUUUAACAUUAAUAGAGUAAGCGGCCUUUGGAAGCACUACAUAGGUCACAACAAUACGCACAACGAAGCGAGACCGCGGGCUGUUUAUCAUGCGCACCAAGACAUCAAAGUGGACAGUCAGGAUGAAGAAAUCGAUGCAACAAGCAUGCAGCCAACAACGUCAAGCCCAGGAGAUACCACCGUCUUAGGCAAGAAGAAGCCCAUGGCACGCGGUAUAGGCAAUCUUUUCAGACGAAGAUCGAGGGGGCAGCAUGCGGAUGAGGUGACUGUAUGAGCCAAAGAAAAAUAAGGAAUCACGUUAAAUAGCAAGAUGUGUCUUGGAAUAGUUUGGAUGAAAGCAAUCCAUAAGAGAAUUAAUUAUUUACUAUUAUCUGUCUGACAGCGUUGAACUUUCACUCAACUACAAACCGCGAGGCCACAUCCCUAUACAUCUUGCGUGAUUAGGGGCCAUUGGCAUUGGG